CGUUCCAGCUGCGUUGCUAUGAAAAAUAAAACCGCAGACGCGAAAACAAUAAUAAUUAAAAGCAAAUACAAGCACUAAAUUGCUUAGUUCAGAUCAGUUGUGCAUUGUCACAUCGAAUAUAUUGCAAUUCGCUGUGCAGUUAAUACACAAACCAAGAUGCUGAGCUAGGAUACGGUGAAUCACUGCCCACUGCAAGUUGGCCUUUGUGUGGCCUUUUUAAUCGAUUCCCCCAAUUUAGGCUGCCAAUCAAAGAAGCAACAACAAAAACAAAACCCAUUUUGUUAAGUGAGUGUUGUUUAAGGCAGUCUAAAAUAGCAACAUCGAGAAGGCUUCGGCUACUGUGUGAAUGUUGUGCUUGUGUGCAACAAAAAUGAGCCAGCAACAACAACAACAAAUGCAGCAGAAAAACAGCUAAAGCAACAAAUGAGUAAAGAGGCAACGACAAGGAAAGCGCUGGCGCAACGCAAAGCAAUAAUUAGCAAUUAAAUAGCAAAGCAACAGCAACAACUAGACUCCUACUACUCCUCCUCCUGCAUCCCUCGUCAUGUUCUCCGAACCCAACGACGCCGAUGAACUGGACGCCAUCAUCGAUGUGCUGGGAUUGCGUUCGCAGGCGCAUCUCAACACCUUCCGUGAGAUGUGGUACCAUGUCUUUCUCUGGGCACUCUUCUCCUCCGUCUUCAUUCACACCUGCGCCGCCCUCGUUGCGUUUGUGACGCUGCGCAAGCAUAAAUUCGGUCGCUUCUUCUCCAUACUGAUCCUGGUGAUGGGUUUCCUUUCGCCGGCGGCAAGCGGCAUCAUCAGCAGCGCCGUCAUUGCGUUUGUGCAUCGUGCUUCCAGUUUGCCCAUGUCACCGAUCUAUGCCAUGAUCUGGGGCCUCGGUCAGACGAUAGUGUCCGCCUGUCUCGGCUUUACGCGAAUUCUGGCCACGCUCUAGACCCCCGUGUGCCACACGUUGCAUGCGACACACCACACGCCACUUGACGGACUGAAUUCUCUCUUAGCAUCCAAAAACAAUAUCGCAAUUUCGUUUUGCUUUAAUCUUAAUUUAAUUCGUAUUAUCUAGCUUAAGCUAAUUAUCAACCAAAUAAUGUAAAUAUUUAAAUACGAUAAUUAAGUCUUAGAAUUCAUUCGACAAAAUCUAUCAAACAAAUUAUUCAGGUGUAACAUCAUUUCAAAAAACAACUAAUUGUAGAAAUCAAAUUACAACAAUUAUGCAAAUUUGUAAAGAAUUAUGUGAUUUUUAAAUAUAUAAACAACUUUCAACUAAAAACUUCAAUUGAAUUAAAUACUGUACAAUAGUUUAGCUCUUUUUU